AACAAUGGCGCUGGGUAGGCCGGUCGGUUUUUAUUUCGCGGCAAAUUUGAUGUGCAAAAUACCAGAAGCGCUACGCGAUUUGUUUCGAUGAAAAGUCCUCGAAAGAGCAAAGCAAAAACUUAAAGUGACAAGACAUCUUUGACGAUGGCAGAGUCUGACUCCAUUGUCGGUGAAAAUAAAGAAGAGUUGACGACUGACCUGAAGGAAUAUGAAGUACAGUUCUUUGGUUUCACACCGAAGUCAUUCAUAGAUGGAGUUCACAACGCCUUGGUGGAUUAUCUCAAUGAUUCGGUUGAAGUGACAGAGAAAUUUCUUCUGAGUGAGGCUGAAGCUAAAUCAGAGGAGGUUACACCAGAGUUUGUUAGAGAGGCAUCAGAUCGAUUAUUCUCUCACUUCCUGAAGACAUUUGAUAAAGCUUUUGAUCGUCUGGAGACGUAUCUCAAGAAGAAUCUCUUCCACAUCCCAAGCAAUGUUCUUCUACCAGAAGAUGCGGUCCACUGGCAAGAUUACAACGCUAAGGAUGAUGCAAAGCUGGAUACAGAGUUAGAGAAACUCAGACAACAAAUCAAAUGUUCUCAGUAUGUGAAUGCACGUUUAAGACAGUGGCUACAGGAAGCCGAGGUUGCCCAGGCUCAACUCGAUGCCUUCUUACUUCAGAUAAAUCAGUUGCAUCAAAUCGUCAACAAAUCAAAAAUUUCAGACCUGAACGAGUCUAUAGUUUUCACAGCAGCCAAAGUUCGCAAACUGAAAGAUCAGCUCUCACUAGUAAUGCAACAGAAUCUCAUUGAUACACAGGUACAACUAGACCAACCAAGCUCUAAGUCUUGACAACAGCGGUUUUUGUAAUAUAAAGGAUACCAGCCAUUCUCAAUGGUUUCCAGUGAUGUGACUGCCAUAUGAAUGAAGGAGAAUUCUAACAAUAAAUGAAUCUUGGUGGCACAGUGAAUGGAGUGGUUUUCUGUCUUCUUGUGGUACUGAUUCUUAGCUGAUGUAUACUUUCUUCAAAAUGAAAGCAAAAGUGUAAAGCACAUGCUGAGCAGCUGUAGAGAGAAUUAAAGUUGUUAGUAUCUUUCAUUACUAAAUCAUACACCGCGAUGAAAGAACAACUUAAGAACCAACCAAUCUUUGUUUAUAUUUAGUUAGUACUUGGCAGUUUAUUGGUUUAGUUUUUCUAAAUAUACAUAUAGAAUUUGAUAUAUUUGGUUUGUCUGCAUUAUUUGUAUUAUUUUGUAUAAAGGAGGGAAAAUAUACCGACUGAAAGAACCAUUUAAAUUCACAGACACUAAAGUUGAGAUCCCUAACAGCACGUUGAAAAUUGAAUUAUACAUGUAGUCUUAAGGCCAUGUCACCUUGAUGCAAUUUUCAAGCAACCAGUUCCAGGCAAACUCCAAGAAGAAAAGGCAUUUUCAUUUCCAUGUUCACAUAUUAUUCUUGGGAAUCACAAGACAUUGUUUGAAGAAUGACUUAUGCACUUAACCAAAGUGGUCCUGUAGCAUGCACUGCAGUCGGUGUGGUUGGUUGUCUCCAAGUUGCUUGUAAAAGUUGCCUCCUGUUACAAGGUCCUAUGAUGUAGCAACGAUAUGAAUCUACAAUCUACUGUUAUUUUUGUGUUCAACAGUAAGGUUAACAAUUAUUACAAUACAAAACAAAGAAUCUUAGUCAUUAUAUUUACAAUAACAUAUUUACAAUUAAAUAAAAGCAGACCUUCAAACCCCACACUCAGGUUUCGUGUUGAUAGUCUACUUUUCCCUAAACUAAAAUAUUAGAAAAUCUUUUUCAUCAUAGUGGGGUGUUUGAGUAAAACGAAAAACAAAAGUGACCUGAAAGUGUGUAAAAUUUAAAAAAAUUCAUUGCCAUAAUUUAUUUUUUAAAUACAAAUAACAAGUUACUCACAUACAUACACAUUUUAUGAAAUAUUUACACUCUUUAUAUCUGAUAAACCAAGUACUAGUUUAAUACUUUAAUAAAGCUUUUUAAAGAGCAGCAACUUUUUACAAAGGAGAGUGCAGUGAUUAGUUAGAAAUUGGUUUUCAGAUAUACUUUAAUUUCAUUGGUUGAUUAUUAUUGAAAGCAAUCAAACUGGCCAAUGGGAGACUCUGAAAAACUGUAGCAGCUCAACUAUCCACCAAUCACGCACCAGGGGUUAAACAUCAGCCAUUAAUCUACCAGGUUUGAGACUCUGUGUCACUGAAGCACUUCAACUAUCCACCAAUCACAGACAAGGGAUUAAACAUAAGCUACUUCUCUACCAGGUUUGAGACUGAGUUCAACUAUCCAUCAAUCAUAUACAAGGGAUUAAACAUCAGCCACUAAUCUAUGAGGCUCGAGACAUUGAAUCACUUUGGCAGUUAAUCUAUCAAGCACAAGGGAUUAAAAAUCAGCAAAUCUCAAUGUGGUUUGAAACCAGUAGUCUGCAGAAUAAUAUGCUUGAGUAAAUUGAAACAAAUUUUAAACGUUACCAUUAGAACGAGAAUUACAAACAUCAUAUUAUGCAGUGAGAAUUAUUUGAUGAAUAUCUUGGAACCAUCAAGGUGUUUAAGGUGUUCCAAUUUCAACUGGGCAUCUUUGAUACCUACAUCAAGGUGUUUAAGGUGUUCCAAUUUCAACUGGGCAUCU